AGGCCCCAGCCCUCCCUGGCGCUCCCCGGUCUCCGCUGUCCCGCUGCGCAUCCCCCGCUCCCGGAGGGUCCCGCCGCUCUCCGGGUCGGUGCCGGUAAGAGCAGCCCCGAUCCUCGCCCUCUGUCCCCGCUCCAGGUCGCUCCGCCGCCAUGGCGUCCAGCGGGGAGGAACCGAGCGGCGGCUCCCCGGGCCGGGCGGGCACCGGCGCCGAGGCGGACGCGGCCCAGCUGGACACGGCGGAGGAUUUCGAGGUGCUGGAGGAGGAAGGGGAGGAAGAUGAGGAUGACCUGAGCGAGCUGCCCCCGCUGGAGGACGUGGGCCGGCCAACGGCGCCGCCGCGGGACGACGCGCACCCGUCGGUGCGGGGAGCGGGGGACGCGGCCGGGGAGCCCGAGGAGUGGCUCGAUGUUCUGGGGAAUGGGUUGCUCAAGAAGAAGACGCUGGUGCCGGGCCAGGGUGUGGAGAGCCGUCCCCAGAAGGGCCAGGACGUGACAAUCCGCCUGAAGGCCGCGCUGGAGGAUGGCACCGUGGUGGAGCAGCAGCCUGCCCUCACCUUCACGCUGGGGGACUGCGAUGUCCUGCAGGCUCUGGACCUGUGCGUGCAGCUCCUGGAGAUGGGCGAGACGGCUCUGAUCGUGUCAGACGCCAAGUACUGCUACGGAGCUCAGGGCAGGAGCCCCGAGGUGCCCCCCAACGCGUCCCUCACGCUGGAGGUGGAGCUGCUGGCGGCUCGGGACGCCCCAGACCUGGAGCUGCUCACCGGCAAGGAGAAGAUCCGGCUGGCCAACCGCAAGCGGGAGCGCGGCAACUUCUUCUACCAGCAGGCAGACUACGUGCUGGCCGUCAACUCGUACGACAUCGCCCUCAGGAUCCUGGGCUCCAGCUCCAAAGUGGAUUUCAGCCCGGACGAGGAGGCCGAGCUGCUGGACGUGAAGGUGAAGUGUCUCAACAACCUGGCGGCCUCGCAGCUCAAGCUGGACCACUUCAAGGCAGCUCUCAAGUCCUGUAACCUGGUGCUGGAGCACCAGCCGGGGAACAUCAAGGCUCUCUUCAGGAAGGGGAAGGUGCUGGCUCAGCAGGGAGAGUACAGAGAGGCCAUUCCCAUCCUGAAGGCAGCCCUGAAGCUGGAGCCUUCCAACAAGACCAUCCACGCCGAGCUCUCCAAGCUGGUGAAGAAGCACGCGGACCAGAGGAACGUGGAGACCGAGAUGUACAGGAAGAUGCUGGGGAACCCCAGCGCCGCCAGCACCCCCAGCAAGUGCAAAGACAAACUGCCCUGGUCCAUCCCCUGGAAGUGGCUCUUUGGCGCCACGGCCAUCGCGCUGGGCGGCGUGGCCCUGUCCGUGGUCAUCGCCGCCAGGAACUGAGGCUGGCACCGGGGCGGCCCCCGGGCACAGGGGCGGUGCCGGGGCCCGGCUCUCUGUGCCGAGGGGCUGCCCCCGGGCUGUGCCAGCCCUUCCUCCCCGCGGGCUCGCUGCCCCACGGAUGCUUUCUGUGCCGGAGGCGCCGGAUCUCUCUCCCGACGUUCCCCGCACCCCUCCUGGCGCGG